AUGUCCGCAAACUCUUCAGCUCCAGCGACCGGCCCUACUCCAGCGACGACUUCUGUUCCAGCGAAACCGUCUGCUCCAGCGGUCUCUGGAGUCCGUGUUCUUGCGCAACAGCAGCGAAAUCCGAGUUCUCCAGCCAUGAAUGCCUACUCCCCCGUUCCAGCGACUCCGCUCCUUCCAAUGACUUCGUCCACUCCAGCGACCGGUCUUGCUCCAGCGAUGACCUCUACUCCAGCGACGACCUCUGCUCCAGCGACGACCUCUGCUCCAGCGACGACCUCUGCUCCAGCGACGACCUCUGCUCCAGCGACGACCUCUGCUCCAGCGACGACCUCUACUCCAGCGAAUUCGGCCUAUACAGCGAGCUCUAGCACCGGAGUUCCUACGCACCAGCAGCAAAAUCCGAAUAGCCCUGCCAAUCCUGCCUCUUCGGUUCCAGCGACUUCCUCCGCUACGACAGCCUCUCGCCGCCGCCGCGUUAUACCGGCGCAUCAGCUAUACCAAUACAAAGGACCGGCCUUCACUACGUCGGCAGAGGACAAUGCCAAAAAGUCUUCUUUGCUCGCGAAUUCUAACGCACGCACUGAUACUCAGCACAAGCAAGAUCAGAAUCGCAAUGAAGAUACUCCGACCAAAGGAUACGGACUGGAGCAUGCAGACGGCACCCCGAUUGACCGAGCUCUGCUCGCAGCCGAGACGCCUAUUGUGGAGGUAGAAAUCGCUUUCUUUGAUUUCAUAACUAAGCUUGAAGCCCGAAGGAAACGUAAAAACCCUGAUGUGGUGAGAGCAUCAUCCUUUCACGACGACUAUGGUUCGGUAGACCCUGAGACGUAUCGAGAGAAGCAAGCUGUCAACGAUGUCUUCGAUCUUGGGCACUAUCUUGGCUGGACGUUCAAGAAUACAUCUCAGAGUCGAAUGAAGAUCUUGACGGACGGGCUCUUCUGGCUCAGCAAUAAACAUCGACUCACCUGGUAUGGUUUACCGCCGAAAUUGGGAACAGUCUACUGGGAGGACACGUUCCAAGAUCCAUCCUACGCUUCUUAUCGGAGUGUUGGCCGUUCCUCCCGUGCAUCGAGGGCGCGUUUGUUCCCUGCAGUACCUACCGAGCAAGCUUCAGCAUCCUCUCCCAGUGGUCAGUCCGAUUCUGUACCUAGCCAGAACUCCACUGCUCCAGCUUCAGCAUUGCCAACGACACCUGCGGAGGGCGCCUCAACAUCCUCUCCGACCCGCCAGUCCGAUUCUGUACCUGGCCAGAAGUCCACCGUCCCAGCUGCAUCGUUGGCUCCGGUACCUGCCAGGGGCUACCCAGCACCCUCUCCAACCGGUCAGCCUGAUUCCGUACAUGGCCAGAAAUCUACUGUCCCAAUCCCACCAUCGCCCCUUCCUGACGAAAGCAGCAAGCGAAAGAGGACAGCGGCUGAUUCGGAUGCAACUUCUCCCAAGAGGGCCCGAAUAGAGACACCCCCUGCUGCUCCAGUGACGACUCCGACCCCCGGACCUAGUGGAAGUUUGAAGAGAAAGUCACCAGAGCGUGACCCCGAGCCUACCGUGCCAGCCGAAAAGAAGGCCAAACCCGUCUCCCCAGUGUCCUCAAAUUCCAACAAAUCAUCACCGAUUCCCGCGAACGGCACCACGAAGCGCAAAUACAACAAGCGCACUGUAGACCCAAAUGCCCCAAGGCGGGAGCCGAAGACCGAAGGGGCCAAGAUGAAGGCCGACAUGGAGGCGCUAACGUUCUCAAAACUGCUCUAUGACUACCCGGCGCCCGCGGAGGACGACGACUCGGACCUGGCCGUGUGCGUGCGGUACGUGCGCGCAAAGGGGGACAAGAAGUUGACCGACUUCCCGUCCAACAUGGCCGAAAUCCUGCUGGAGGCGGGGCGUUUCCCCCUCUUGAAGCACCUAAGGCUACGGAAAAAGGACGACAAGUCCCCCCUUGCGCGUUGCAUAAGGUACUGCAGGCACGAGCAGGACCAGCCGGAGAUUCAGGAACUUAGGGCCGAUGAGGCCACGAUUGAUUGGCUUGUGGUGCAAUUGAACAAUGAUCCACGGGAAAGGUGGUAG